CUGUAGGCAGCGAGGCUAUUGCUCUGCGAGACCGGCUUGUGAGGGGAGCCGCGGGAAAGGCGCGUGUCGGCCGCUCACUGGCGCAGCCGCUGCUGCCACCGUCACCGCCCCGCCCCAGCGUUGUCGCUGGCAUCGUCGCGGACGAAGCGCGGCCCCAGCAUGGGCAGGAAGGGGGACGCGGGCGGCGCGUGUGUCGCGGCUGCGCGGCCGGUGACAGGGGUUUGCUAUAAAAUGGGACUUCUGAUUAUAUUCACUGGACUAUGGCUGUUUUCCUCAGUAAAGGCAGAUUCAAAAGCCAUUACAACCUCUCUUACGACAAAAUGGUUUUCCACUCCGUUGUUGUUAGAAGUCAGUGAGUUUUUAGCAGAAGACAGUCAAGAGAAAUUUUGGAAUUUUGUAGAAGCCAGUCAAAGUAUUGGAUCAUCUGAUCAUCACGGUACUGAUUAUUCCUAUUAUCAUGCAAUAUUAGAAGCUGCAUUUCAGUUUCUGUCACCUCUACAGCAGAAUUUGUUGAAAUUUUGUCUGUCCCUUCAUUCAUAUUCAGCUACAAUUCAAGCCUUCCAGCAGAUAGCAGCUGAUGAGCCUCCACCAGAAGGAUGUAAUUCAUUUUUCUCUGUGCAUGGAAAGAAGACCUGUGAUUUUGACACCCUUGAGACUCUUCUCCUCACAGCAUCUGAAAGACCCAAACCUUUAUUGUUCAAAGGAGAUCACAGAUACCCCUCAUCUAAUCCUGAAAACCCAGUGGUGAUUUUCUACUCUGAGAUUGGUUAUGAGGAAUUUUAUAAUUUCCACCGCCAAUUUAUAUCAAAAAGCAAUGCAGGCAAAAUCAAUUAUGUAUUCAGACAUUAUAUACUUAAUCCCGGGAAGGAGCCUGUUUACCUCUCUGGCUAUGGUGUGGAGUUGGCAAUUAAGAGCACUGAGUACAAGGCCAAGGAUGAUACUCAGGUGAAAGGAACUGAGGUAAACACCACAGUGAUUGGUGAAAAUGAUCCCAUUGAUGAAGUUCAGGGGUUCCUCUUUGGAAAAUUAAGAGACCUGCACCCUGACCUGAAGGGGCAGUUGAAAGAACUCAGAAAACAUCUUGUGGAAAGCACCAAUGAAAUGGCACCUUUAAAAGUUUGGCAGUUGCAAGAUCUCAGUUUCCAGACUGCUGCCCGAAUCUUGGCUGCUCCUAUUGAAUUAGCUUUGGUAGUUAUGAAGGAUCUUAGUCAAAAUUUUCCUACCAAAGCCAGAGCAAUAACAAAAACAGCAGUGAGUUCAGAACUUAGAACCGAAGUGGAAGAGAAUCAGAAGUAUUUCAAAGGAACUUUAGGAUUACAGCCUGGAGAUUCCGCCCUGUUUAUCAAUGGACUUCAUAUUGAUUUAGAUACACAGGAUAUAUUCAGUCUGUUUGAUAUAUUGAGGAAUGAAGCUCGGGUAAUGGAGGGUCUGCAUAGAUUGGGAAUAGAAGGCCUUUCUCUGCAUAAUGUUUUGAAACUGAACAUCCAGCCCUCUGAGGCCGACUAUGCUGUAGACAUCCGGAGUCCUGCUAUUUCAUGGAUCAACAACUUGGAGGUUGACAGCAGAUACAAUUCAUGGCCUUCUAGUCUACAAGAGUUGCUUCGACCCACCUUUCCUGGUGUUAUCCGGCAGAUCAGGAAAAACUUGCAUAACAUGGUUUUCAUAGUUGAUCCUGCUCAUGAGACCACAGCAGAGUUGAUUAACACAGCUGAGAUGUUCCUCAGUAAUCAUAUACCACUAAGAAUUGGUUUAAUCUUUGUGGUUAAUGACUCUGAAGACGUUGAUGGGAUGCAAGAUGCUGGAGUGGCUAUUCUGAGAGCGUAUAAUUAUGUUGCCCAAGAAGUGGAUGAUUAUCAUGCCUUCCAAACUCUGAUACAUAUAUAUAACAAAGUAAGGACUGGAGAAAAAGUAAAAGUUGAACAUGUGGUCAGUGUCCUAGAGAAGAAGUAUCCAUAUGUUGAAGUGAAUAGCAUUUUGGGGAUUGACUCUGCUUAUGAUCAAAAUCGGAAGGAAGCAAGAGGCUACUAUGAGCAGACUGGGGUUGGGCCACUGCCUGUUGUUCUGUUCAAUGGAAUGCCGUUUGAAAAGGAACAGUUAGAUCCCGAUGAGUUGGAAACCAUCACAAUGCAUAAAAUCCUGGAGACCACAACCUUCUUCCAAAGAGCAGUGUACUUGGGUGAACUGUCCCAUGAUCAGGAUGUGGUAGAGUAUAUCAUGAAUCAGCCAAAUGUUGUUCCACGAAUCAAUUCUAGGAUUUUGACAUCUGAGCGAGAAUACCUGGAUUUAACAGCAACCAAUAACUUUUUUGUGGAUGACUAUGCUAGGUUUACUGUUUUGGAUUCCCAAGGCAAGACUGCUGCUAUAGCCAAUAGUAUGAACUAUCUGACCAAGAAAGGAAUGUCCUCCAAGGAAAUCUAUGAUGAUUCUUUUAUUAGGCCUGUAACUUUUUGGAUUGUUGGGGAUUUUGAUAGCCCUUCUGGAAGACAGUUACUGUAUGAUGCUAUUAAACAUCAGAAAUCCAGUAACAAUGUUAGAAUAAGCAUGAUCAAUAAUCCUAGUGAAGAUAUAAGUUAUAAGAACACUCAGAUCUCCAGAGCAAUCUGGGCAGCUCUCCAAACACAGACCUCCAACUCUGCUAAGAAUUUCAUCACAAAAAUGGCCAAGGAGGAGACUGCAGAGGCCCUGGCUGCAGGAGCUGACAUUGGGGGGUUCUCUGUCGGGGGCAUGGAUUUCAGUCUUUUUAAAGAGGUCUUUGAGUCUUCCAAAAUGGAUUUCAUUUUGUCUCAUGCCAUGUACUGCAGGGAUGUUCUGAAGCUGAAGAAGGGACAGAGGGCAGUGAUCAGCAAUGGAAGGAUCAUUGGGCCACUGGAGGACAGUGAACUCUUUAAUCAGGACGAUUUCCACCUCCUAGAAAAUAUCAUCUUAAAAACUUCAGGACAGAAAAUCAAAUCCCAUAUUCAACAGCUUCGGGUAGAAGAAGAUGUGGCAAGUGACUUGGUAAUGAAGGUGGAUGCUCUCCUGUCAGCUCAACCAAAAGGAGAUGCAAGAAUCGAGUACCAGUUUUUUGAAGACAGACAUAGUGCAAUUAAAAUGAGGCCGAAAGAAGGGGAGACAUACUUUGAUGUUGUGGCUGUCAUUGACCCUGUCACCAGAGAAGCACAGAGACUUGCCCCAUUGCUCUUGGUUUUAACCCAGCUGAUCAACAUGAAUCUAAGAGUGUUUAUGAACUGCCAAUCUAAGCUUUCUGACAUGCCUUUAAAAAGUUUUUACCGUUAUGUCUUAGAGCCAGAGAUUUCUUUCGCUCCAGAUAAUAGCUUUGCUAAGGGUCCAAUAGCAAAAUUUUUGGAUAUGCCACAGUCUCCUCUGUUCACCCUGAAUUUGAACACACCUGAGAGUUGGAUGGUGGAGUCUGUCAGAACGCCAUAUGAUCUUGAUAAUAUUUAUUUAGAAGAGGUGGAUAGUGUGGUGGCUGCUGAGUAUGAGCUGGAGUACCUCUUACUGGAAGGUCACUGCUAUGACAUCACCACAGGCCAGCCCCCACGAGGACUGCAGUUUACAUUAGGAACUUCAGCCAACCCAGUCAUUGUGGAUACCAUUGUUAUGGCCAAUCUGGGCUACUUUCAGUUAAAAGCCAACCCAGGAGCUUGGAUUCUCAGACUAAGGAAGGGUCGGUCUGAAGAUAUUUAUAGAAUCUACAGCCACGAUGGUACAGAUUCUCCUCCUGAUGCUGAUGAAGUUGUUGUUGUUCUCAACAACUUCAAGAGCAAAAUUAUUAAAGUGAAGGUUCAGAAGAAGGCAGAUAUGGUAAAUGAAGACUUGCUGAGUGAUGGAACUAAUGAGAAUGAAUCUGGAUUUUGGGACUCCUUCAAAUGGGGCUUUACGGGAGGACAGAAGACUGAGGAAGUGAAACAAGAUAAAGAUGACAUAAUUAAUAUUUUCUCCGUGGCAUCUGGUCAUCUCUAUGAAAGAUUUCUUCGUAUAAUGAUGCUGUCAGUACUGAAGAAUACCAAGACUCCUGUGAAAUUCUGGUUCUUGAAGAAUUAUUUGUCUCCCACAUUUAAGGAGUUCAUACCUUAUAUGGCAAAUGAAUACAAUUUCCAAUAUGAGCUUGUUCAAUACAAAUGGCCUCGGUGGCUUCAUCAACAGACUGAGAAACAGCGCAUCAUCUGGGGUUACAAGAUCCUCUUCCUGGAUGUGCUCUUCCCACUAGUUGUUGACAAAUUCCUGUUUGUGGAUGCUGAUCAGAUUGUACGAACAGAUCUGAAAGAGUUAAGAGAUUUCAAUUUGGAUGGUGCUCCUUAUGGCUAUACUCCUUUCUGUGACAGCCGAAAAGAAAUGGAUGGCUACCGGUUCUGGAAAUCAGGGUACUGGGCCAGUCAUUUGGCUGGGCGAAAGUAUCAUAUCAGUGCACUAUAUGUCGUGGAUCUGAAGAAGUUUAGGAAAAUAGCUGCUGGUGACAGACUCAGGGGACAGUACCAAGGUCUGAGUCAGGAUCCUAACAGCCUUUCAAAUCUUGAUCAAGAUUUGCCCAAUAACAUGAUCCAUCAGGUGCCAAUUAAAUCACUCCCUCAAGAGUGGCUUUGGUGUGAAACAUGGUGUGAUGAUGCCUCUAAGAAAAGGGCAAAAACAAUAGAUUUGUGUAAUAAUCCAAUGACCAAAGAGCCUAAGCUGGAAGCAGCUGUUCGAAUUGUCCCAGAGUGGCAGGACUAUGACCAGGAGAUCAAGCAGCUACAGACCCGCUUCCAGAGGGAGAAAGAGAUGGGAAUGCUGGACAAGGAGAAGGCAACACAAGAGUCACGCUGGGAAGGACCUCAGAAACGAGAAGAGUUAUGAUCUUCAUUCACAAGAGGAUAGGAAAUUACACCAUUUGAAAAACACUUUUUAUAUUAAAUGCUAGUUUUUUCUGAUCUGUCUUUACAACUGCUGAUAAACUGGCUGGGCAGGUGUGCCACACCUUUUGAUUCUGAGCAUUUGAUUUUGACUUCUGCACACUGGUGGGCUCUGGAUCUUUGGAGUUAAGGCUCUAUUGGAUUUGUACCUCAGAGGAAGACAAGUGGCUGAUCUUUUGAGACUCUGUAAAGAGCAAUCUUCUAACCAGAAGGGAAAAUGGCAAAGGCAACUGGAAGAAAAUGAGUCCUGUGGUGCCCACACCCAAGAGCACAUACAUGCUGCACCACCACAGGAAGCCAACCAGCCAGAGCCACCGUGUUCUUCCUUACCUCAGUUUACUGGCAGCGGAGCUCAGUCUGCAGCCUGCGCUUUGGUGGCAGAAGUUUCUGUGUGGCAGAAGCCUUGUCCAAGGUCCACACACCUUGAGGUUUAUGCCAGUGCGCUCCUGUGUCCUUUUGUUCUCCUCCCCAGCAUUAGGUUCAUUGUCGAAUUGAAACCCAACCAACAAUCAUGUGUCUUCAGGGUUGGCUUGUGGCAAAUUAAUUUGGGGACAGGAUGGGGUGGGUUGGGGUGAGGGUAGGGAAAAUAUCAGAAGUAGGAGGACUCUGAGGUGUUUGCGGGGGAGGUGAGGAAGACAGAAAUUGGCCAUUCUCUUUUAUAAACCAUUAGUACCAUGUGACUAAUUUGAAAUGAAAACGAUUCUUAUUCCCCACCCAGCCCCAGUAAACUUUUUAGGUAAUUGUUUUGUAAACAGUUUUUGUAUUUGUGAAAGUCUUUGCUUUUUCUUCCCACUUUCUAAAAAAAUGUCUGUUAUUGAUUUCCUUACUGGAUACAGCCAUAGUGAGCCCCUCUGGCGAUCCAUCUCGCAGGGCUCGGGGCUCCCUCAGGAAGGUCAUGGCAUCAUCCAUCCCUGUACUCCUGGGGAAGGAGGGGGGUUCCUCUCUCAGACUCAGGAAAAGUUGGCUUUGACUUUUCUCCAUGAAGGACUCCCAGAGCUGAGAACAGGAGAGUUGUUGACUGUGUAAUUCGUGUUUCUCUAUACACUAUUCUAUAUUCCUUUUAGUUUAGCGCUGUGGGUUGCCUUUGGUUUGCCAAAAUUGCUGGUGCACCACCUGUUCUGACUGCACGUAAUCACAUCUUGAAGCAGCAUUAGCCCUUUAGCCACUGCUUUUAGUGUCUUUACUUUAGCAGCACAGAACGGACCUUCUGGAGUAGCCUCUCCUGGUGAGUAGGCAAUGUGGGAGGUACCCGCAAGGGAGUCUUCUGGUGUGUUGUUGGCUUGCAUGAGCGUGAGGCUCUCGGUCCUUCCCUCCAUCUGCCCAGGCUGCAGGGUACAGCAGCGAGAGCGCUCCCAUGAACUGCACCUCCUUCCAGUGCAAACUGUUUUUGUCUCUAAUAUUUUCGCCUCCUUUUUAAAAAUGUGAGGAAGGGCUGCAGAUGGAUAGCCGAAUCCUUACUCUUCCAUGCCAGGGAACACUGAUUUGCAGUCUUUUUUAAAAAUCAAAGUCUUAUGACAAAUAUUAAGUAAUUAAUUUUUUCCAUAUUCACAUAAGCAAAAGUUAGCAUAAGAGUCAGUCUGAAGGAGCUUCUCAUUUUGCUUUUAUAAUUAAAUUAAAAAUUGGGAAGAGGGGAAUUCAAGAGAUUUUUAGGUAAAUUGAUUCAAGACUGAAAGGUCCCUCAGAAUCAUUGCUUUUGACAAAGGCUGUAGCUUGAGUUCCCCCUGCCCUGUUGCUCACAUGGUCAGAGCAGCUGAAGGGAUAGAAUCAAUGAGAGCAAAAAACAUUUUUUCAGCUUCAUCUUAGAUUUAAUUAAACCUUCAGAGAGGCUGCUGCUGCUGCUUCAGUCUACAACCGUAAACAGAAUUGUGCAUUUUUCGAGUUUAUUUUCUGGGAGAUUGAGCUAGAAAUACUAAAGUCAUUGAGUGUGCUUUUUAGGUGCUGGUUCCCUUGGGACAUGGAACAGGCCACCUUUCUUCAUGUCUUUCCACCAAAUGUCUUAGGCAUAUUCCAUGUGAGGAAGGUGCAGUGUGAAAUCUGUUCUCUGUGUAGUAUUUGUGUCCUCACUGCCCUUAUCCAUCACCACCCUAAACAUAAGUCUUACCAGUAGUUGAAUCUUUGUAAGACCCAGUUUGCUUCUGAAGUAGUCUAGGGCCUUCCUUCCUUCCUUCCUUCUCUUGGUUCAUGUGUCAUCAGCAUCUUUCAGGAUGAACCUCUAAUGCCCUAGGAAAUAAUAAUACCACUAAAAUUUGGUCGUGGUCAGCUUUGUCUGUGUCUCUAUUGCGUGAAAGCAAAUUGUGACCGAAGAGAUAGAUUUUUUUUUUUUUCUUCCCAAGAAGCAAGAGCUCAUUGCACUGAAACGCUCAAGCUUCUGGAAACUAUUCACAGUGCAUUGUUUUUAACCAUCAUUUAUUUAUAUAUAUGUAAUGGAGUUUUUUUCUCUCAUCAUGCCAUAAUGGAAAAUUUUCUUUCUGAAUCAGUGCCAGAAUGAUGUAAAAUAAUAUGACAUGUCAGAGUGGCAUGCAACAGUGUGAGUUUUUAUGUUCUAUGAACAGUGGUAUUUGAUUGAGAUCAAAACCCAUGCACACAGCCUGCUGCCGGAGCUGUGGGGACAUGGCUAUGUUUGUUUUAAAAUUGUACUCAAUACUUACCACACUGAGAAUGAUGACACAUUAGUUUUCCAUAAGGUUUAUAAAGUGUAGAAUCUCAAAAUGUGGCAUUUCAAAUGGAAACAUAGAGAUGUUUGCUUACGUACUACGCACAUGCCUCAUGGGAGGCCCGUGUGUUUUGUGAACUCAGCUUGUGGGAGAGCAGAGAUUAAGAAAUCAUUUCCAGGAACGGAGCUUAAUGAACUCUGCUGUCUUCAAGUCCUCACAUUAUGAACUGUGUUGAGGCUCUGCUUGAAUGAACAACUUUUGUCUGGUUGCAGUGACUCAGUCCCUGAAUGAAGGGCUGAAAGCUUGGGGUGGCAUUACAGUUUUCAGAAGAGACUGGCCCAGGUAAUAGGAAGGAAAUCCCAGUUUCCUUUAGCUGGGAGUUAUAUUUGAAGGACACCAAAAUUUGGAAUAAGUCAGACACGGCCCUCCUAGCAAUGAGUAAAAUUAUUCCCCUUACCCACAUCUACCCUAGGAGUAAAUUUGGGUACUUAAAAGCAGUCCCUUUCUAAAAUUGCCAUGAGUGAUUAAAAGAAAUAAUUCAACUCAAGAGUUACAAGGGAAUUUUAGUGCAUUUUUUUAAAUACAGUGUUAGUGCUAUGGCAUCAAAUUUCAUGGAAAUGGAAAUAAUUUUGGUAAAGUCACCUAACGGAAGCUGUUGGUAACAACAAAUGGAAGGUGCAUUGUGUGCAAAGUUAUUUAAAUAUCUAUUCCAUUGUUGUGUAUAAUGUUUUAAGUAUUUGAUUUUAUGGGGAUAUUUUUGUGGGAUGAUAAGAGUUAAAAAUAGCUAUCGUGUCUAGUUUGGUGGGAUGAUAUUUUUUACUUCAUGUUUUCCCUGCCUUGAUGUAAUGGGGGAAGAUCUCAGUCAUGACUUUGGUAAUUACCUGAUUGAAUUCAAGCUAAUUAGACUUCAUUAACUCAGGUUCUAAUUGAUAUUUCAAGCUCUCUGGAGGAUACCAAUUUCUCUUUCAUUUGUCCUUUGAUCUCUUGAUCUAAUACAGGAAUGACACUUCUGGGUAGCGGUGAGUCAGUGCAUGGAGUAGGGGAUCUCUCCUCUUCAGGGUGCCAUUGAGUGCUGAGAGUUUAUAAAAAGAAACCACAAAAUCAGCUUCAAGAAGCUGCAUGCUCCCCAAAAGUAGUGCACUAAGUUUAAACUCCCUAAUAAUGAUUUUGCAAGCAAGAGGCUAUCUCCUGAGUCUUAAAUGGCCUAGCAACACAGAGGCCAAAUAUGGAAGAUUUAAGAGGAAACAAGUUAGGGUAUUAGCUAAGACCAUCCCACCUGUAAUUUAUGCAUUGCCUUACUUGUCACCAUUUAGAUUUCCAGAGAAGGGGCAUAGUUCCUCUUCAGAAAUAAAAGUAGCAAAAUCUAAGGUCAACAAUUUGAGCAAAAGAUUACCGAGUACCAUGUUUUCCAACCUGUUAUCCUUGGUAAUAACAAGGUAAACAUAGAAAAAUGAAAAAUGUUAGAGUUUUUAAAGAAAACUAUGUAUUAGAAAGCCUUCUUUAUAACUAUUCUGUUUUACUGUAAUCCUGUUCCGUCAAAUACAACAUAGGUCCAGGUGCUGCCCCUUGCUUGGGAACAAAGCACCGGGGCUCUAAAUGUCUGCAGAGCCCUCUGCACCUGAAGUGAACUGAGAAUCAAUUUCCCGGUACUGUAAUGAAAAUAAGGUCUGCUCAAAACAAUAAACUUUUCUUGUCUUCUU